AUGUGAUCAGGAAUCUCAAAGUGACCGAAAUCACAAAAUCAUCUGUGUUUCUGAUAUGGGAAGAACCAGUUGGAAAUAGAUCUUUCUUUAAAAUCCAGUGGAAUGGUGAUAAAACAAGUGGAAAUUCAACAACCAGUAAUACUUCCUAUCACAUCACUAGUCUAAUUGCUGGAGUCAAUUACACAUUUAUCAUCACAGCUGUUGCAGCAGAUAAAUCAACAGAAGGAGAAUCAGUGUUUACCUCAAACUAUACUAAGCCUGGCACCAUAAUAAACCUCACAGCUGAUUAUAUUACAGCAUCCACUGUCUUACUAAACUGGACUAAACCAAACGGCCAAAGCUCCCAUUUCCGUGUAGAAUAUGAAAAUAACAAUGUGAUUGCUGAAAACACCUCCAUCGAGAUAAAUCAUCUGACUCCUGGAGCUCAGUACACAUUCAGAGUGUUUGCAGUUGCUGCUGAUCAUGUGACCGAGGGGAGAGCCAGUCAGGUUUCACUGUAUACCAAGCCAGAUGUGAUCAGGAAUCUCAGAGUGUCUAAAAUCACAACAUCAUCUGUGUUUCUGACAUGGGAUGAACCAACUGGAAAUAGAUCUUUCUUUAAACUUAAUUGGACUGAUCAGAAAUUGGACAUGCUCAGAAAUGCAAUAGAAAGUGUUUUACUGACUACUGAAAACACCUCCAUCAAGAUAAAUGAUCUGACUCCUGGAGCAAAGUACACAUUCAGAGUGUUUGCAGUUACAGCUGAUCAUGUGACUGAGGGGAGAGCCAGUCAGAUUUCACUGUAUACUAAGCCAGAUGUGAUCAGGAACCUCACAGUGUUUGAAAUCACAACAUCAUCUGUGUUUCUGACAUGGGAUGAACCAUUUGGAAAUAGAUCUUUCUUUAAACUUAAUUGGACUGAUCAGAAAUUGGACUUGAUCGGAAAUGCAAUAGAAACUACUAACACUUCCUAUCACAUCACUGGUCUGACUGCUGGAGUCAGUCACACAUUCUGCAUCACUGCUGUGGCAGCAGAUCAAUCAACAGAAGGAAACACUUUUUGCAUCUCACAAUAUAUCAAGUCAGAUGGGAUCAGGAAUCUCAGAGUGUCUGAAAUCACAACAUCUUCUGUGUUUCUAACAUGGGGUGAAUCAGCUGGAAAUAUAUAUUUCUUUAAACUUCAAUGGGCUGAUGAUAAAACAAGUGGAAAUUUAACAACUACUUACACCUUCAGUAACAUCACUGGUCUGACUGCUGGAGUCAAUUACACAUUCUGCAUCAUUGCUGUGGCAGCAGAUGAAUCAACAGAAGGAGAAACUUUCUGCAUCUCACACUAUACCAAGCCAGAGAUAGUGAGGAAUCUCAGUGUGACUGAAAUCACAAUAUCAUCUGUGUCUCUGACAUGGGAUGAACCAGCUGGAAAUAGAGAUUUUUUUAGAAUUCAAUGGACUGAGAAAAGGACACGUGAAGCAGCUACUAACACUUCCUAUCACAUCAAUGAUUUGACUGCUGGAGUCAAUUACACAUUCUGCAUCACUGCUGUGGCAGCAGAUAAAUCAACAGAAGGAGAAACUUUCUGUAUCUCACAAUAUACCAGUAUGUAUAAUUAUAUUAAAAAAUGUUUAGUGGUUAAAUUCAUUAUUGUUAAGUUUUUUAAAAAAUUUAAUUGA